AGGAUCGAGCACACUCAUGCUUGGACAUGCCGAACAAGAGCACCGACGACGAUAAUUCCCCGCUGCCCUGCAGCUGCCCAGCUUCUAGAAGCUCAGGAGAUGACAGAGCUCCAACACCAGCGUCCAUCAUCUCGCUACAACGUCAGGCAUUAGCGGCUGUCCUGGACGCCAGACUACGAAUGAGUGCAGAACAAGCUGACGACGAGCAAAGACAAAGCGCUGACCGACGCGCUCAGGAUCACAGGGAGAGCUUCCGACGUCUCCACGAAGAAGCAUCAAGCUUCGCCGACUUCUUCACCAACGCGAGAUUGCCAGCCAUGAGGACCUUUUCGCCAGAGGCUGCCCGCAGCUCAUCCAACUCUUCCGACAGGAAUCCACGCAUGGAUCAAGAUUUCGAACUGGCAAUGGAACUGGCUUGUGAAGAAAUGUCGGCGAUACACGCGAGAGCCCAGCUGCCCAUGAACUAUGAAGCCAGCCAUCCCCCAGAGCAACCAUCCAGCGAAAGCGACGAAGACAAAAGCGUAUCCAGCGCAGGAAGUGGUUCCAUCACCACCGCGGCCGUCCUCGCAAACGUUGUAGCUCCACUGGAAGCAACUGUGGCUCGCAUCAGAGCCCAGAUCAACACGAUUGGCAAUCGAGUCGACGAGCUCUUCAAGCAACAAGCCCACAUCUCUCGCCAGCUCAAUCUCAUCCUAGAGAGCGGCCCACGUCCCUUCAAGCGGAUUAUCAUCAAUCUAUGGGCUCAAUUCAAGGAAAGCGAUUCCCAACCAAAGCAAAUCACCGCGUUUGUCACCAUCCACUAUCAGCAUUCGGAAAUGGCUGCCCUCUUCAAGAAGACCGAAGAAACCACGUUCCAUAGAGAGGGAGACGUCGUCGAGCAAGCUCCAUAUAUCGCAGGAGCGGUGACGGCCAAACGCAAGGAAAUCGCAAGAGCUGCCCACGCUCUCCAAGGACCAGUGGCUCAGAUCACUGCAUCAGUGGAUCAACACUUCAUCAGAGUUGGCGCGGAGCCCGAGAUGCCAAGACCAAUAUGGACGUCGACAAGAUUGACCGCAUCCAGUCUCCGAUACUCCGGCAACAUCACCACGGAAUUCAGACGAAAAUUGGUCAAACUGCUGAGAACCGACAGCUUCCGAGACACCCAAUGGAUCACCAUUCUUCCCCUAUACCCUCCGGAUGAAGAGGCUGCCCACGACGAAGCAGAAGCCGUCGAAGACGUGGGAGAAGUAUCCGAUUAAAUCUAAUUAAUUGUUGAUCGGUCUUGUUGACGCGGCUGACCACCCGCAUUAUAAAUGUUCUGUUUUGACCGA